AUGAAAAGACGUGCAUCAAUAACGUUCUUGUACUAUUUGAUCUAUUGCCGCCUCGCGGUAUGUGCAAGCCUUCUCCUCCUUGUGGAGUUUCCAAGUGCAGGUCUAGCAUUUGACAGCACAUCCAAAGCAAGAAAGACAUUUGGCAGAAAAGAUCGACCAGAACGUUAUUGGCAGCCAAAAAUAAGACUACAACCUGCUUCUUCUGCAUUAUUCGCAUCGAAUCCGCUAGAAGAGGAAAUCGCCUCUUGGGCUAAAGAUGCCGGUUAUGGAGAGGUAGAAUCAUGUGUCAACUCUGGAAGGUCAGGUUGGGCGUCCUUCUACAAAGUCCAUGUCAGUCAUCCCCCCAAACCAAACAUGGCAUUUUUCGUCAAGCAUGCAAAAUCCCGACAAGCUCACGAGAUGUUCGACGGUGAAGCUCUAGGACUGAAGGCCAUGUAUGAGUGUAGUAGUCAUACUACGGUCCAGGAUGGCGUUGAUGAUAUCAGGGAUGACCAAGGUACCUCCUCGACAUCAUCCAUCGCAUCGCUCAAGAUUCCUCAAGUCUUUUAUUCGGGCGAUGUCGAAUCAUCGGAAGGUAGCAGUUCUGGUUCCUUGCUGAUUAUGGAAUUCUUGUUCCUUGGUCCAAGAAGAGAUGAUUAUGCCUUUGGACAAGCCAUGGCCAAUCUGCACCUUGCCAAUCCAGUGGAUACAGCACCAAAAGCUGGAAAUCCGUUUGGAAAAUUUGGAUUCCCGUUGGACAAUACUAUUGGAGGCACGCCGCAGCCCAAUCCAUGGACCCACUGUGGCGAGACAAAAGACUGGAUUGAAUUCUAUGGGACCCAUAGAAUCCUGCAUCAAUUGGAGUUGGCGGAAGACGAAUACUUGAUUCAAUUAUGGAAAGAAGACAUUGCUCCUCGUCUCGAUCGUUUGUUUGAGGGAAUCCAAGUCAAACCCUCUUUGUUGCACGGAGAUCUGUGGAGUGGAAAUAUUGGCUCUGUCAGGAUAUUAGAAGGUGAUGGAGAUGGUAGCAAGCCCACGAUUUACGAUCCUGCUUGCUAUUGGGGGCACCACGAGGCCGAAUGGGGCAUGUCUUGGUGUGCUUCGUUAGGAUCGACCUUUUGGGAGGGAUAUCGCUCCAUCCUACCGGAAGAUGAAGGGUUUUGGGAUCGAAAACCCCUUUACGAUGCCUACCACCAACUGAAUCAUUACAACUUGUUUUCUUCGUCAGGAUAUCUUAACAAAGCACGACGGCAAUUGGAAACAGUGAAGAAAGCAUUGGAUGAGAAGAAGGAAUGA